AUGCGUCUACCGAUCCUCUUCUUACUCGCCUUCGUCGCCGCAGUAUUCGCCCUGCCUCCACCGCAGAAACCCGUUGUGGUGUCCUUUCCAGAUAACACUCCAUCUUCCAUCAUCGAUAAGGCAAUUGCGGAAAUCGAGAAAGACGGUGGUGUCAUAACGCAUGAAUAUUCCCUCAUCAAAGGAUUCGCAGCCAAAGUUUCAGAAGUCACACUCAAUAAAAUCAGUGCACUGGCUGAAGCGUAUUCGCCAUAUAUUGAGGACGACUACGUGGUCAACAUUGACGGCUCGACGAGUUCCGCUCAAUAG